AUGAAGAUAUCAGGUGCACUUGUUGCGUCCUGUGCAAUUGCAGUCGUAAGAGGUCAAAUAGCCGGGUACGGACAGUGUGGAGGACAGAAUUGGACGGGAGCAACGAGUUGUGUAUCAGGAUUUACUUGCAUUUAUCAAAAUGCCUAUUUCUCUCAAUGUGUACCAGGAUCAGUAUCUAUAACUCUGUCAACAAGCACGAAGACAUCCUCUACAUCAACGACCAAGCCAGGCACUACUUCCACUACAAGCACGACCACCGCGCCUGCGAGCACCGCUACAAGCAUUACUAGCUACGCCAAAACUGCAGGGACUGUAUUCCAAAUUAAUGGGAAGAAAACGUACUUUGCAGGAACGAACUGUUAUUGGUGUGGUUUCUUGACCAACAAUGCAGAUGUUGACUUGGUCAUGACCCAUCUUGCUGCUUCUGGACUCAAAGUUCUUCGAGUUUGGGGUUUCAAUGAUGUCACCUCAGCACAAGGUUCCGGUUCCGUUUGGUAUCAAUCUUUCGUAUCGGGCUCAUCGCCAGUAAUCAACACCGGUACCAAUGGUCUUCAAAGACUUGACUACGUAGUCCAAUCGGCUCAAGCUCAUGGGAUUAGUCUUAUCAUCAAUUUUGUCAACAACUGGAAUGAUUACGGAGGAAUGCAAGCAUAUGCCACAUACUACGGCAUUUCCUUGACAGAUUGGUACACAAACGCAGCAGCUCAAGCUCAAUACAAAGCAUAUAUUGCUGCAGUGGUAGCUCGCUACAAGACGAACACCGCAGUUUUCGCUUGGGAACUUGCUAAUGAACCUAGAUGUACUGGAUGCGCUACAUCAGUGAUCACAAAUUGGGCAAUCAGCAUAUCGCAGUAUAUCAAAUCUCUCGACCCCAACCACAUGGUCACAGUCGGAGACGAAGGAUUCGGUCUCACCGUAGCAAAUGAUACUUCCUACCCUUUCACUUCCGGUCCCGGAACAUGGUUCACCGACCUCCUUGCCAUUCCCACCAUUGAUUUCGCUACUAUCCAUCUAUACCCUGGUUCGUGGGGCGAGGUUGAUUCUUGGGGAUCUUCUUGGAUCUCCAGCCAUGCUAAUGUCACUGCCGCUGCUGGUAAACCACUCGUUUUGGAAGAAUAUGGUGCUACGACUCAUCUCAAUGAACGACCGUGGCAAGGAACUGUUCUUAGUACUGCGACUGCUGGAAGUAUGUAUUGGCAAUAUGGUGAUACGCUUUCGACGGGACUGACUUCGGAUGACGGUAAUACGAUUUAUUAUGGAACGGCGGAAUAUACAACAUUGGUCACCAACCAUGCUGCUGCUCUGAACGCAAAAGUUGUUACCUGA